AUGGAAACCAAUGCGACGAGCAUGAGAACUUUAAAUCACGUGACUCACCAUCCGGUCAGUCAAAAUGGAGGCCUACAAAUUAAAUCGACUCCCGAAACGGCCGCCGUGAACGGUAACGGAACCGGAAGUGGUAACGAAGGGAGUAGUUCUCCCGGAGCAGAUUCUACAGCCGCUGGAAAAUUAUUCGUGGGAGGUUUGAGUUGGCAAACGUCAUCGGAAAAACUUCGACAAUAUUUCGGAAUGUUUGGAAAUAUUACGGAUGUUUUAAUUAUGAAAGAUCCCGUCACUCAGAGAAGUCGAGGUUUCGGUUUCAUAACAUUCGAAGAGCCCAGUAGCGUUGAAAAUGUAUUGAAAGUACCCGUACACACUCUCGACGGUAAGAAAAUCGAUCCGAAACAUGCGACACCCAAGGGAAGAGGAAAAACAAAUGGGAAAACGAAAAAAAUAUUCGUCGGAGGAGUUUCGCAAGACACAAGUUCCGACGAAGUUAAAGUUUAUUUCAGUCAAUUUGGAAAAGUCGAAGAAGCUGUGAUGUUAAUGGACCAACAAACGAAACGUCAUCGGGGAUUCGGAUUCGUCACAUUCGAAAACGAAGAAACGGUUGAUAGAGUGUGUGAAAUUCACUUUCAUAAUAUAAAAAACAAAAAAGUGGAAUGUAAAAAAGCCAUGCCUAAAGAAGUUGUUGCGGGUACUCUGUUAGGGAAGCGAAUGGUGGUCGGGCCUUUGGGAGUGCGAAUGGGUAUACCGACACCUGUCACGCAAGCUACUCAACUCGUUGCCGUGCAAGCUCAAGCCGCUCACGUACAAGCGGCAGCAGUCGCCGCUGCGGCCGCUCAGGCUCAAAACGCCGCUGCCGUAUCCAACUACGGUAAAAUAUUCGGUACUUUUCCUCCCCUUGCCAGCUUCAGAUACGCUCCCUAUCCCAUACCCGCAGCCGUGGCAGCUCCGGCUGUGGCUGCGGCCGCACCAGCCGCACCACCUGCCGGAGCGACAACACCUGCACUUGCUCCGGCUCCGGCCGCUCCUUAUCCCUACAGCCUCACAAACGUCGACAUGUCUAGUUUCCAGGGAGUGGAUUGGGGUUCUAUGUAUGGCGGCAUGGCAAUGUACGUUUAG